GUAUGGUUCCAGAAUCGGCGAGCAAAAUGGCGCAAACAAGCACGCUUACAGUUGUUGCAAGAUGCCUGGCGUAUGCGCUGCUUGAGCCUUGGUACACCUACAGUUAUAGCGGCGAUCGAAUGCCAAGAAUGCCCGGUGCAGCUGCUUUGAAUGGUGCCUCGCCCACUGAAUUAACACCCGAAAAUCUUACCAGUGACGCACAGCCAAAAGACGGAGGACGCCUUUCCUCGCCCGAGUCAAUGCUAACUGCUAAUGGGCAGACCAUGCCGAGUGAUUUUACAAUGAUGCAUCCAGCUUUCCAACAACAACAUCAGCAGCAACAACAACAACUACAAUUGCAAAAAAUUGAAGCAGAUGCAAUGGAUAAAACCAAGAGCGACUCCACAAACGGCAAACACCACCCUAAUGGAUGUGAGAAAACCUAUACCGAACUAAAAUUAUACAAGGAACAACACGGACACGGUCUAGGCGGUGCUCUGCAAUCGCAUAUGAACAUGAAUGGUUUAGCGACGGAUCCGAGUGCAAUGGCCAACGCUUUAGGUCAUGGUUCCGAUGAGGGAUCGGAUGAUUCUGAUUCUGAGGAAAUCGAUUUGACAUCAGGUUCUUGCAUAGAUUUCUCGAGCAAUAAACAGCAUUUGCAGCAACAAUCACAGCAACAACCAUUGGGUACCACAGCAGCAAGCAAUGGCGUGCAUUAGUAUUUACAAAAUUGAAAUUUGAUUAUUGAAAAUCAAUAUAAAUCCCUUUGGAAUGUUCAUAGUAUGUACAUAACUGUACGCGUACAUAUCGCUUAUUUCCUAAGCGACUGUCGCAACUCAAAAAACAAGAUAUAUAAGGGGUAUUCCCGAAGUCAUGCAAAACCCUUGCACUCUGCACGGAUUGCAUCGUAAAAACCGGUUUUCCUAUGGGACAGCUUUGCAACCUAUGCAAUCUGCGCACCGUGCAAGGGCUUGGCAAGACUUCGGGAAUACCCCUAUAGAAAAAAAGAGAAGCAUUUUGUCUCUCUACGCGGAGACUACACAAGAGGAAGCACGAUGUAAGUAGUAAUCCAUCAUCAUUUUCUGCCAAAUUUAAUUUUGGGUUAUAACGGUCUUUUAGUAAUAGACCGAUAUGUAAAUUGAAAAAAGUAAUUAUAAAGUGUAUCUAUUCUUAUUUCUGUACUCUUGAAAAUAAAUGUGCAGAUAUGUAUCUCUGUAUAUAUGUACAUAAUUAAAAGAG